AUGGAAGAACUGCCAGAUGAGCUGCUCGUUCACAUCCUCGGCUUCCUGGGCGAACGAGAGGAGAACGUUGAAGGUGAAGAUGAAGAUGAGCAUAGGGCAAUGGAGGGCUUUCGUGCGCUGGUGAGCGUGAGCGCCACCAGCCGCCGGCUCCGGGCGGUGUCCGACUCCGCUGCCCUGUGGCGCCGCCUCUACGCCCGCCGCUUCCUCGCGCACUCGCCCUUCGCGCGUCUCGACCUCUAUGAACACAUCCCGCCCUUCCGGCUCGCCCACGAGGACCGCGAGCGCGCUCUCCUCUCCUGUUGGCCGGGCGAGGACCGGUGGCGAGACGCCUUCGUGCGGGAAGCGCGAUGGUCCUCGGGCAAGAACGUUCAUACCGCCGUAGCCCGCAUUCCCGAUCGAGUGGCGAUGACGACGGGGCGCAACGUGCUGGUGGACGAGCGCGACCCCGAGAAGCCGGUCAUCUUCGUGUCGUGCGGCAACGGACGCAUUCACUCGUUUCGCCGUGGCGCCGGGGCCGAGCUGCGCAAAAAGAAGGUCUACUCGAUCUCCAACGUCGGCACGCGGGCCAUCCUGGGCGUGAUGCGCAUCAAAGACGCCUACAUGACCGGCCUUCACCAAACGGAUGAGUUGCUCAUCGCCCGCGCCCAUGGCACGAUCAAGGUGUUUCGUAAGGGCAGCACGUGGGCCAAGCUGGGGGUGGCCACAGGCGACGGCUUCCCCACGUUGGCGGUCAACCGGGAGCGCAUGUGGAUGGCCUCGAGCGCCUGGGGCCGCCCCGGCGUGAUCGCCCUGCACGACCUGGGCGCGGCCCGGGCAGUAUCCCAGUUCACCCUCGAGGGCACAGGGAGCGAGCCCGGUAUGGUCUCCAAACACAACCACUUGAUCGUCGGCUCUCCGCAAGAGCUGGCGCUGUUCGACCUGCGCUCGGGCAAGAAGGAGCGCGACCUCAUCUCUGACUAUAGCGGCAAGGUCAAAGGCAUUAUCAGCGCGCAGUUCGAGGAGGACAGCGACGCCAGCUCGUUCCUCGUUACCGCCUAUGAUGGUACGCGUUCCACCUACGUGUACGACUGGGAUUCGCUGGAACUCCAGCGCGAGGUGCCCGGCGGGGGGUACGACGUGAGCUUCAGGCGGGGCAUCGUUGCGCUGGCCACCUCGCGGGGCGCCCACAUCGCCGACGCGCAUUCGUCGCGCUCCGGGUUCUUGGAAGCUUCCGGUCUAGGGACGCCGGAGGCGGCCUAUGCGGACUGGCGCAGAGUGAUUUUAAUUGGGCACUCGGUGCACGAGAAGCGCAUCAUCAUUCACGACCUGGCCACGUAUCGCCAGCGCAGGCUGGAGCACCCAGACGGCACUGAGCACUCGCUGGGCAGUGCGGUGACUGACGACCUGCUGCUGACCGCCUCCAAGAACACUGUUGCUGUCUGGGACUUUGCCUCCUCUUUCUCUUCAUAG